AUGUGUCAAGAACAAAUUACCUCUCAAGAAGCUAACCCACCAGCUAAUGAAGUUGAAGUUUCUCAACAAAAUGAACCAGUUGUAGACACCCAAAUUGAACCUACCACUUCCAAAUCCUCUAACCAGGAUGAAAAACAAAAAAAUGAGGAACAAAACGAAGAAAGCUCUGAACCAGAAAGCAAAGAAGGUUCUGAAAAGAGUGAUACCAAUAUUGUCCCUGCUAAUGCUACACAAGGUGGCAGGGAAACCUCUGAUAAAAUUUUGUAUGUCGGUAACUUAGACAAGUCAAUUGCUGAAGAUGUCUUAAAACAAUACUUCCAAGUAGCUGGCCAAGUUGUUGAUGUUAAAAUUAUGGUAGAUAAGAAAAAUAAUCAUGUAAACUAUGCAUUUGUUGAAUAUUUAAAAGCUCAUGAUGCAUCUGUUGCUUUGCAGACAUUAAAUGGUAUUCAAAUCGAAAACAACAAGAUUAAAAUUAACAAAGCUUUCCAAUCUCAACAAUCGACUUCCGAUGAAAACACCUUUAACUUAUUUGUUGGUGACUUAAACGUUGAUAUCAAUGACGAAGCUUUGAGUAAUGCCUUUAAAGAUUUCCCAUCUUAUAUUCAAGCACAUGUCAUGUGGGAUAUGCAAACAGGUAGAUCAAGAGGUUACGGAUUUGUAUCCUUCUCUGAUCAAGAACAAGCUCAAGUUGCCAUGGAUCAGAUGCAAGGAAAAGAAUUGAACGGUAGACCAAUUAGAAUUAACUGGGCCACAAAGCGUGAACCACAACAACAUAACAAUCAUAAUCAUAAUAACCAUAAUCACAUGAACCGUCGUGGUGGUUUCCGUAACAAUAAUCAUAACAGAAGAGGCGGUAUGAUUUCAUUUGCCUCAUUGCAGCAGCAAAAUGGCAUGCUACCAAUGAAUGGUCCAAUGGAUGGUAUGGCUCCACAACAAAAUCAACCACAACCUCCACUUCCUCCUCCACAACAACAGCAAGGUCCAAUGAUCCCACCACCUGUUAAUCCACAAGCCAUUGACGAUAUGAUCAGAAGGGCCCCACCAAGAGUCACCACCGCUUAUAUUGGUAAUAUUCCACAUUUUGCUACUGAAGCUGAUUUAAUCCCAUUAUUACAAAACUUUGGUUUCAUCCUAGAUUUCACACAUUACCCAGAAAAAGGUUGUUGUUUUAUCAAGUACGAUACUCAUGAACAAGCUGCUGUAUGUAUUGUUGCUUUAGCUAACUUCAACUUUCAAGGGAGAAACUUAAGAACUGGAUGGGGUAAAGAGAGGACUACAUUCAUUCCACAAGGCCAACCCGGUGGUCCAAUGCCUGUUAUGAUGGGCGAUGCUGUACCACAACCAGAACAAGUUCCAGUUUCUGUCGAACAAUCUCAACAAAAUGGUCAAGAAUUACAAGCUCAGCAACAAUAA